ACCCGGAAGUGUAGUUUUCACGUGUGUUUGUUUACAUGCCGUGUUACAUUUGAUAUCUGUGUUGUUUUUCAUAUUUAUGAGCUGUUGUAAAUUUGUACCGCAUUUUAAUAAAGACACACACAGAAUAGUCGUUUGUUUUUUGAUUAUAAACCAAAGAAGAUGAAGGUUGUCGCGCUUAUAAGCGGGGGCAAGGACAGCUGCUACAACAUGAUGCAGUGUGUCGCCUCGGGUCACGAGAUUGUAGCACUGGCAAAUCUGCGUCCCGCUAACACAGAUGAGUUGGACAGCUACAUGUACCAGACAGUGGGUCACCAGGCCAUAGACCUGUAUUCGGAGGCCAUGGAUCUGCCCCUGUACAGACACACCAUCCAGGGCUCCAGCCUGGCCAUCGGUAGGGACUACAGCCAGACAGAGGGAGAUGAAGUGGAGGACCUAUUUCAGCUGCUGCACCUGGUCAAGGAAAAAGAGGCUGUGGAGGCAGUGUCUGUAGGGGCCAUUCUGUCCGACUACCAGAGGGUCCGUGUGGAAAAUGUGUGUCUGCGUCUGGGCCUGACGCCCCUGGCCUACCUGUGGCGCCGCGACCAGGACUCUCUGCUGUCCGACAUGAUCUCCACCGGCCUCCACGCCAUUCUCAUCAAAGUUGCCGCGUUCGGCCUGGAUCCAGACAAACACUUGGGGAAACCGUUGGCAGACAUGCAGCCUUAUCUGAGACAGCUAUCCGAAAAAUACGGCGUCCAUAUAUGUGGUGAAGGUGGAGAGUAUGAGACCUUCACCCUUGACUGUCCUCUUUUCAAGAAGAAAAUAGUGAUCGAUGCGAUGGAGACAGUCAUCCACUCGGCAGAUGCCUUCGCUCCGGUUGGCUACCUGCGCUUCACCCAGAUGCACGUCGAGAACAAACACGCCGUGAGUUCCCCACUUCUGAGAGACAAGACAAAACAAACACACACAGCCAGGAUCACAACUUGCUGUGCACACAACAGCGUUGUUCAGUGCCAGUCGAUUGUAUCAUUAUCCAUAACCCUUGAUAUCCUUGUUUUAAUCUGUAUCAUAUUGUUGAGCUUGUUGUCCUGCCCAUAUGCUUCCCCCUACCAGGUGGGCGACUGUGUGUUCUGCGCGGGUCAGAUCGCUCUGGUUCCCUGCACCAUGGAGCUGGUGAGGGCAGGCCCCAGGGCCCAGGCCCGCAUGGCCUUCAGCCACAUGAGGAAGGUGCUGGGGGCCGUCACCAGCGGCCUCACCCUGGGACACGUCCUCCAAGCCCACUGCUACGUCACCAAGCACCGGGACGUCAAGACGGUGCUGGACGUCUGGGACGACCUGCUACGGACCGCAGACGAGGAGGAUCUUCUGAGCGAGCAUCAUGGUGGCCGCUUAUUGGUUGCCGUGGUGCCCGCCCUUCCCAGGGGAGCAGCCGUCGAGCUCCACGCCACCGCCGUUCGGGACAACCCCGCGGGGGACAGGACUUCCUGUCAGCUGACCUCCAAGGUGGCGUGCAUGUCGAUAGAGAGCCACGCGGUGGUGUCUGGCGAUAAACAGAACGCCACCCUCUCCCUGUCAGUUUUCCCGACCGUGCCGGGCCCCGAGGCCGCCGGGCCCCAGGCUGCCGGGGCCCUACUGGAGGCUGUCGGGGCCACCCUCGGAGACGCCCUGAAGAAGAUGACGGCCGAUGGGCUCGUGGCGCUCUGUGCCAGGCUCUUCUACACACAUGACCACCCUCUGGCCAAUCAGGUUGCUGCAGGUCUCGGUGACUGUUUAAGAACCUCUCUCGACCAGUCCAGUCCAGCGCUUGCCUUGGUUCCAGUUCUGGACUUGUCCGACUCCAGGAUCCUCCAUCUGUCCUGCUGGCUUAGUGCGUAGCCGGAGAGGCCCUCUUCAGCCAGGCCACGGAUCUUUACUGCUCAACCAAAUAAUCUGAUUUCCUUGAUGCCUUCUAACCAAACACACGCAAAUGUGGAGGAAACGCUCAAGAAGCUCCAUGAUAUGGAUUAUUAAUCAUUUUGCUGGACGGUUGGCAUGCACAUAUGUGUACAUGCCCCAGUGGUACUUAUGAUGUGUGUGUAUCAGUAUGUGUUCACUGCAGUGCCUGUCUGGGCAGCUAUGGCAGGAAUUCAACCGCUGCUCCAGCAGAGGUCCCUAAUGCUGCAGCUGUUACUGCCGGGGGAGCAACAGCUCCGGGGGGGUGGGGGUGGGGGUAGCUUAUAGGAUCUAAAACAAAGAGAGAUACCUGCAUUGUCCCAAAAAGACUGCAUUAAAAUGUCUAUUCCUGAACACCCCUGCUGUGUCUGUUACACUCUUUUAACUCACCGCCUCUGCCCCCCCCUCUCCCCCUC